AUGGAGACUCGGCUGCCUCCCACUGUCCAUCCAACAGUGGGCAUGUCAGCACACGGAGCAGCAGAAGCUCCGGUUCCAGUCCCUUUCACAGGACCAGGGGAUGAUGGGAGACAGAAAUGGUCCAAAGCCAUGCUCCAGAGCCCAUUCUGCCACCACAAUGCACAUGCACUGGCUUUUGUCAGCAGAGCAAAGCCUCGUCCCCGCCCUUCCACCGUAUCUGGGGACUUUGUGUGCUCAGUGUGCCAUAAGGUCUUCCCCCUGCAGCGCAUGUUGACUCGUCACCUCAAAUGCCACAGCCUGGUGAAAAGGCACCCUUGUCGAUUCUGUGGCAAAGGUUUCAACGACACCUUCGACCUGAAGAGACACAUGCGGACGCACACAGGUAUCCGUCCUUACAAGUGUGAGCUGUGCGAGAAAGCUUUCACACAGCGCUGCUCUCUGGAGUCCCACAUGAGGAAAAUUCAUGGCGUUCACCAGCAGUACGCCUACCGCCAAAGACGCUCCAAGAUCUUUGUCUGUGAAGACUGUGGUUACACUUCAAGCCGUCCAGAUGAAUAUUUCCUGCACGUGAGACAACGUCACCCCGGCAGUCCUGCGCUUCGCAGAUACUACCGUCGCCAAGCCCAUGAAAACAGCACUUUUGCAUCGACUGACCCCAAACUCACCCCCUAUGUGUUGUAUUCCACCCCCACGUACUUCAUUUAGCAUUUUGUGCUUAUUCGUAUUCUUUGCAUAUAAUGUGUAGAUAUUAGUUCCAAGUCUACCUAAAAGUAGAACAAAUUUCCAUAAAAUAUUCUAUUUUAAUCAGACUAUGUUCCAUAGUUAUGUAUAAUAUUUACUGUGCAUUUUCAGUGAAUGUUUAGCUGUAUUUCAGGAUAUAAACCUACAUUUAGUUUGGUGUGGUUUAAUUUAGUUUAGUUGGUCUAAAAGCUGUUUGCUUGUGCAUUUGCAUCCCCCAAAAGGUUAGUAGUGCAUUUGUGGUUACAGUGAAAUUUAUAGACCCACUACCCCGAAGUAUGUUUUUAAAAAGAAACAGGGAUUUGGAGCUGCUACGUGGAAAGACAAGCUGGCAGACAUGCAAGUGAUAGACAGGAUGCUAAUGCACAAGUGCUAACUAUCUUGCUUGUGUGUCUACCAUGUUCUAGAAAACGACACAGGUUUUUUUAACAUUUUGGAUAAAAAAUGGCAUAAUCACAAAGGAAUGACCACUGGAAACCAUUUAACUAUAGAUCAGAGAUAAUUGGAGUGAGCCUUUUACAGAUACUGGAAAUGUGAUCUCACUUUGUGAAAAUAUCUGUGUGUUUUUUUAUUAAAACAUGUCUAAAUAUCUCAUACUUUUGUUAAAUAGAGUGAUUUUUCUGAAAGGAUUAAAUGAGAAAGAGUCUCUUUUCCUUAUGGUAUCUAUUAACUACUGCAUCGCAAAUGACAAAUCUUAAAGCAUUUUUAUGUGAAGAACUAAAGGAGAUUUGUGUGCUGUUUUGUGUGGUUGCAUAGUUAAAGCAGAUGUAAAAAAUGUUCAUAAAUACAAAUAAAUAUACACAGAGGCCAAUGAAAUAAAUCGAAC